AAUCAGUCUAUGUGGCCAUCUUUGACGAAUGUGGAUUGAAGAAGUGUGGCGAAAACGUGUAUGUGCUUCGGAAAUCGCUGAUUUUCCCUGAUUUUCUGUUAUAGCCACUCGGUUACAUUAAAUUUCGUGGACUCGGUGGUUACUGUAUCGUUCGUGGAUUGAAAUAUCGAAAAAGGAAGUCGGUUUGAACCCCGUUUCCACUGGAAAUUUUUCAUUCCAGUGUUGGUCUUCUUUUUCGGUUCUUUUGUUCCUAUUCCUCCUCUCUUUGCGGUAUCGGCUGCUGACAGUCGUCUUACGAGGAGGAAAGGUUCGUGUUUCAUUUUUGGUCGAAAGCAGAACCUCAGUUGAGAAGAAGAAACGAAGGAAUUUUUCACCAACACCCUGCGUAGAGCAGCAGCAGCACUAGCUUUCUUUCCUGUGAAAACCCCCAAAAAAGAAGGCAAAUCACAAAACAAAAAUGGCCCAAGAUAGUGAUUCAAAUGAAAUCAGUGCAAAGUUUUCCACACUGAACGUGAAUGCGUUGGAAUUCGUUCCGAGUUUUGCCACCUCGGCAGCUUCCACAGCAGUGGUGCCUCCCGUUGUGGCCCCAUCGGCGACAGUGUCCACCACAACAGGCAGCUCUUCCGGCGGAGCAAACUCGCCGACAUCCGCCGCGGCCACGCCAACACCACCAUCGAGCAGUGCUGGUCAGACACCCGUAGACGCAAAGGGUGAGGAUGGAAUCAAAACGCCGGAAAAUAAUGAAAGUGAACCCCUGGACAGUUGGGACGCCGAGGACGAUUCUAUCCUGACGCCCGAAGAUGAGGAAAUGGAAUUGGACGAUGGUGAGGUGGACGGCGAGAACGUAGCGAAGGUUUCCAAGAAGAAGCCCCCGAAGGUCGAGGAAAGCAAGAGCAAAAAAGAGCACGUAAAUGUAGUUUUCAUUGGUCACGUCGAUGCCGGAAAAUCCACUAUCGGAGGUCAGAUUAUGUCACUCACCGGAAUGGUGGAUAAGCGAACGUUGGAAAAAUACGAACGGGAAGCUCGUGAAAAAUCCCGCGAGAGCUGGUACUUAUCGUGGGCGCUCGAUACAAAUCAGGAAGAACGUGACAAGGGCAAAACGGUGGAAGUUGGCCGAGCCUAUUUUGAGACUGAGAAGAAACAUUUCACCAUCCUAGAUGCACCAGGGCACAAAAGUUUUGUACCGAACAUGAUCGGUGGCGCAGCACAGGCAGAUCUUGCGGUGCUGGUCAUCUCCGCCCGGAAGGGUGAAUUCGAAACUGGCUUCGACAGGGGAGGGCAAACGCGAGAGCACGCGAUGUUAGCAAAAACAGCCGGAGUCAAACAUUUAGUUGUGCUGGUGAACAAAAUGGAUGAUCCAACCGUGAACUGGGAUGUGGAGCGGUACAACGAAUGCAAAGAUAAAAUUCUACCAUACCUCAAAAAGCUUGGAUUCAACCCAACCAAGGAUCUAACGUUCAUGCCAGUGUCCGGAAUUACCGGCCAGGGUCUAAGGGAACAGAUUGACGAAUCCAUUUGCCCGUGGUACCGAGGGCCAGCCUUCAUUCCCUUCAUUGACGAGCUGCCUUCGUUGAACCGGAAGACCGAUGGUCCGUUCAUUAUGCCCAUUGUGGAUAAGUAUAAGGACAUGGGUACGGUGCUGAUGGGCAAAGUAGAAUCCGGAUUAGCGAAGAAGGGCGCUAACUUACUCGUAAUGCCUAAUAGAACACAGGUAUCCGUUGAUCAGCUGUGGUCAGACGAUGAAGAAGUGACCGCAGUGGGGCCUGGUGAAAAUGUGAAAAUUAAAGUUAAGGGCAUAGAAGAGGAAGACGUUUCGCCUGGUUUCGUGCUGUGCGAUGCUUCCAACCCAAUUAAAACCGGCAAAGUUUUCGAUGCGCAAGUAGUUAUCCUAGAACACAAAUCAAUUAUCUGUGCGGGUUACUCGGCCGUGAUGCACAUACACUGUGCGGCGGAAGAAAUUACGGUUAAGGCUCUAAUUUGCUUAGUGGAUAAAAAGACGGGCGAGAAAUCAAAAACACGACCACGUUUCGUUAAACAGGAUCAGGUUGCCAUCAUGAGAAUUGAGUGCUCCGGGUUGAUUUGUCUAGAGCAGUUCAAGCUGUUCCCACAGAUGGGUCGUUUCACGUUGCGAGAUGAAAACAAAACAAUCGCCAUCGGUAAGGUUCUGAAGGUUAUUGAGUAAAUAGCUCGAAACUGCAUAGCAACAACAAAAAAGUUAAAACAAAAACAACAACGCUAUCUCGUCCUCUGCCGUAAGAAACUUUUCCCCUCAGAUGAACAAAUACCAAACAACCGAGACCCACACUCGCACACAGCAUGUAGGAACAAUAAAAAAACGUCUAACACUUCUGAACAAAACAUUUUUCCUCGAUGGUGCAACCGAAGGUCUUCGCGCAUCGCAUCGACUGUGGAAACCAAGAAAAGUAUGACUGGCAGCUUUACCGGUUUUAGUAAAAAUCUAACAAAUUGCUGCUCUGUGAACACUUUCUACUUUGCCGGUUUUUUUUGUUCGCAUCUUGCUUAGAUUUAAAGAAAGAGAAAACUGAAUCGAAACCCAGCCGCCAUAUGUUUGGUGGUGGAAAAUGCUUAUGAAAACAAUCAAUUGUAAGAGAGGAUCUAAUUGAAAUUAAAAAAAAAUCGCGGAAGCGGAGGACUGAACUUAUACACAAUAAGGGAAAAUACACCUAAACUAAAAACACACACACAGAUACGUUGAUAACAGUUGAACAUCAUUUUGCAUCAGGAAUAAUAAGAUUAUCGAUGACACAAUACUGUAUAGAAAUAUUUGCGAGAACAGCAACGAGUGGACGAUCAAACGUUGAUCGGAGAUUUUUUUUUGUUAGCGUGCGAUCCCGUUGUUGUCAUUGUCAAACAAAAAACAAAAACAGCCAGGAUAAGGGGAACGCGAAAGUGAAACGGCACACGCUGUGUGUGGCACGGUUAAAAUAGUCUACUGAGAAAAUCAACCGAUUGUUACUUUAAUUCGUUUCAAGAUAAAACUUGCUUAUUAUUACGAGGUUUUUAGCUUUUUGUAACGGAAAUAAAAAUAUUUGAAAAAAAAUAUGUAUAAAAGCAGUACAUAGGCAACAACACAAAUUGCAUCAAUAAAGGAUACCGAAUAUGAACGAA